AUGGCCACGGCACAAAGACCUCUCAUCACUAUGUCCUGCGACGCCGGCGCUCAGCGGACGCUGCCUGCCUUCCUUCUCCUGGGCCUGCUGGCCGGGAUUGCCGCCACACACCCAGCUGUAAGCAGAACUAAUGGCACAUUGCUGGAGAGAGGAUGGCAAUCUCUGCUGUCCAGGUCCAUGGCUGGGAUGUCAGGGGAGAAGGCAGAUGUGAACUGGGAGAGUGACUAUUUGCUAGGAAUCAAGAGGCAGCGGAGGCUUUACUGCAACGUGGGCAUCGGGUUUCACCUUCAAAUCCUCCCAGACGGAAGGAUAAGCGGAGUUCACAAUGAAAACCAAUACAGUCUCUUUGAAAUAUCCACAGUAGAAAGAGGUGUUGUAAGUCUGCUUGGUGUGAAAAGUGCUCUCUUCAUUGCAAUGAACAGCAAAGGCAGGUUGUAUGGGACGGCUGUUUUCCAAGAUGAAUGCAAGUUCAAGGAAACCUUGCUGCCCAAUAACUACAACGCAUAUGAAUCCAAGGUUCACCGCGGCGCUUACAUAGCCCUGAGCAAACACGGCAGGGUGAAGAGAGGGAACAAGGUUUCUCCUGCCAUGACAGUGACCCACUUCUUACCAAGAAUAUGA